AUGAGUCUCCCCCCUGGGAAAGCCAAGCCGAAGGGCAAAGAGGCCGCACCGAGCGCCUACCCAAGGGUGAACAAAGAAAGCCCAAACAUCCGGGCAGGUAAAAACGACAGCAGAAAAAUCCUCACAUGGAACAAAUUAAAUGGACCACCCAACAGCGCAAAGACAAAUUAUAAGAAGAUGGGCGAAAAUGAUAUGGCGCACGCAAAUGGGGCAGCAGCACAAAGUACAGGCUACUGGAAUGGGGAGAAAAAUGUGUGUCUUCCAAGACGCACGGGAGCUGCCUCUGUAUUGUAUAAACAUCACAUCUACCUAUUUGGGGGAUAUACAGCUGAAAGAAGACUCAACGAUUUUUACAAAUAUAAUAUUACAGCAAAUGAGUGGAGCAAAAUAGAAUCAGUAAAUGGGCCAUCCAAGAGGGAAAAUAAUCCUGCCUUUUUAUUUAAAGAUAAAAUGUAUAUACUUGGAGGAUACCAGGGGAAUGAAAUAUGGUUGAAUGAUUUUUAUAAGUACGACUUUGUGAGAGAGAAGUGGCAAGUGGUUAAUGUGAAGAAGGAGAGUAUGAAGUUUGCCCCUCCAUCUUUAUUUGGCUUUGCUUUAUCUGUGGAUGAAGUGAGAGGAAUGCUCUACCUAUUCGGAGGGUACGAUGGCAAAUCGGUACAUAACAAAAUGUAUGCAUUCGAUUUGGAGGAAGAAAAAUGGAUUCACAUAAAGCAAAGUGGUGAUAUACCAAGUCCAAGAUCCUGUGCCAUAGGACAUAUAUGCGAUGGCUACUUCUACCUUUUUGGUGGGUACAAUGGAGAAUAUGGUUUAAACAUUUUUUUUCAGUAUCAUUUGGAGACAGGUAUUUGGACUGAGAUGAAAUAUAACAUGAUUGAGGGGGAGCAGUCUGGUGCAAGGUCAGCACGGGAAGAAAAUGAAAUGGGUGAGGUGCAACCCUUGGGGGGGUCACGAGUAAGUAAAAUUUCACAGGAAGGGAGUAAAAGUGAAACGACAGAAUGUUAUCACAAUAGAGCGAUCCCCGUUGCAAGAUAUUUUAUGGGGUCCUUUAUACAUAAUAAAUGUAUAUACAUAUUGGGGGGGUAUAAUGGUCUCAGAUGUGAAAGGCUGAAUGACUUAUACAAAUUCGAUUUACACAAAAGAAUAUGGUUUAAAAUACACACAUGUAAUAAUUUCACAAACAGAAGUAGCAUGAAUACUCAUUUUUAUAAAAAUAUAAUUUAUUGCAUUGCUGGCUUUGAUGGGAAAAAUUCGCUGAGCGAUGUGUACGCUUUGAAGUUGGAGGAAGUCCACAUCGAGCCAUCUUCCCUCAUUGAAUAUUACAGACUGAUGGUAAAUAAUUACCGUUACUCAGAUGUCAUUUUUGUGGUGCAGAAUAAGUACAUCUAUGCCUGUUCUUCCAUUUUGCUUUCUAGGUGUCCAGCAUUUAAAACGCUCUUCAAUUUGUUACCCUCCACUGGCACAUCAUCAAGCGACCUGUCCUCUGCGGAAGGGGAACGCUAUUGUAGAGAGAAGAAUUUUUCACCAGAGAGUGAUGGAAUGGAGCAACGGGACAAAAUAAAAAAAGGAAAGCUCAUCCCAAUUGACGAUAUGGAUUACGAUGUGUUCUUAAUAAUUGUAAAUUAUUUAUACACGGAUGAGCUGUCCAUGUUUUACUCCCUUGACACCUAUGUGCUUAUCGUUUUGGCUGCCUACAGGUAUAGCAUUUUCAGACUCAUGCAAAUGUGUGAGCGCGCUAUUAGCCACCAUAUAAAUGAGUCCAACGUCAUGGACAUUCUCAUUUUGAGUUACAGAAUUUAUUGUAAGCAGUUAUGCACAUCAUGCAUCGAUUUUAUAAUUAAUAAUAAAUUGCUCGACGAGGCAAAGAUUAACCGCCUCACAUUGGAACCGUAUUUACUCGGCGAGAUUUACAAAAAGUGGAUCUUCAACUGA